AAAGGUGUUCUUGUUAAACGGAAGUAGCAUCUGAAAACACCCACGGUCUUCACCGGAAUGAUGUAAGUCAACCCCAUUCAAAACUCAGAACUGUCGUUCUCCCAGCCUGGGAAUUCAGCUGGCGCGUCUCUUGUGCCGAAAUUUUGCUGUCAGAGAUUGUGGAAUGCUGCUGGACGAGACUCCGCUUUUUGAGCCUUCUCUGCUCCAGGAGUUAGACUGGAGUAGCAACAGCGCUUCUUUCUCCCCCCCCAUCUCACCGUCCAGUCCUGGAGAUGGUCUGGUGCUCAGACCGCUGUGCAUGGCAGAUUUCAAUAGAGGAUUCUUCAACGUUUUAUCCCAACUCACCCAGACGGGGGAUGUCACUCCAGAACAGUUUGCAAAGAAGUUUGAGCACAUGAAAACUACAGGCGACUACUAUGUUGUGGUUGUGGAGGACACAAAUCUGGGACAGAUUGUUGCCACUGCCACGCUGAUCACCGAACACAAAUUCAUCCACUCCUGUGCUAAGAGAGGCCGGGUGGAGGAGGUAGUUGUCAGCGAUGUGUGCAGAGGGAGGCAGCUGGGGAAACUAUUAGUUUCAACUCUCACUCUUCUCAGCAGAAAACUGAACUGCUAUAAAAUCACUCUGGAGUGUGCACCCAAAAAUGUGGCUUUCUACCAAAAGUUUGGCUACAGUGCCUCAGACGAGACUUACAUGCAGCACCGGUUCUUCGACUGACAGUUGCAGCUUUUAACCCCAUAUUUUUUGGGGGAAUGGACCAUUGAUCUGUUAUCUGACAUCAGCACUUAAGAAGGAGCAUCUGAAGAUGUGUUUGCUGCUGUGACAGAGCUCAAUCUUCCCUGAACACUCAUCCUCAUUUUGUAACAUUUGAGUAAACAUAUUUGUACAGAAAUGCUAAUUUACACAUAAGAAUCCACCCUUUGGUAACCAUGGCUGCCUCACCAGGGUGGACUUCUGCUAUCAUCUUCCCAUCAAAACCAUUCAUCUUAAGGCAGAAACACCGGUUACUGUAAAUGUGAUGUCUUAUUUUUUUUACUUUGCACACGAGUAACUGCUGUGUGCUAACAGAAAAUAGUCAGAAUGUGUUGACACUACUGUAAGUAAAUGAGAGGAAUGCAACACCUAUUUAUAUACUCUAAUUCAUGAUAGAAAAUAAAGUGCGGGCAACAGCUUUUGGAGUUUAAUAUUAUAAACCAAAUGUGCUUCUACAAUUUCUGCUUAUCUGACAGGUUUCUGUCAGAAAAGAAAGGAACUGUUUUUUCCUUAAAGGCUUUUGAAAAGUGAUUUCAGAUUUGGGUUUCUCUCCUUUGAUCUGUCUGUUCACUAAAAUGUGCUCUCUUUGUCAACAAGCCUCCUUGUUUAUGUUGCUGGAUAACUUGAACAUUUUGAGUGCCACCAGACAGGAGGUAUUAUACUGAAAGGCUGUUGGAACACUUUCAGUUAAGAAAAAAAAAUCAUUUUUAAAGGUAGUGGUUAGAUUUCAAAUGGCUUUUACAUUUUUCUAGUUUGUUAACUACUGGAGUUAGAAAUGUUUUCAAUGGGAAAUGGAUACAAGCUUUUGUAAUUUCUUUUUUUAUUUAUACCUUUUUAGUUUUGUUUUAUGAAAAAUAUUUUUUGUGGAGAGAAAGGAAAUAUAUUUAAUGUAACUUAUUUCCAAAUGGUAAUAAAAAUCUUCUAAGAGGUACAGUAUUUAAUUAGUGAAAAUGUGUCUAUAAAUGGGUGUUUUUGUGUAACUAAGUAGUUACAGAACAGGUGUAUGUAUUCUGACAUCACAUGACACAGUGACUUCUCACUGGUGAAUUAUGGCUUCAAAGUAAGUACAGACACAAGAUCGCACAUAUGCAAAAAUCAUCCAAAUUACAGGUGACGGCAAUAUAGAAUUUUUCUGCAAAUGGUUGUGUGAAAAAACAAAAACAAAAA